GCCCCUUUUGUAAAUGUUCUGGAAAUGAACCUUGUCCUAAACUUAGGUAUUGCCUCUUUUGUAAAUGUUCCGGACAUGUUUGAAUGAUCAAACAUAUUAUGUUUAUGAAUGAAUGAACUUGUAUAUGUUUGUCCCAGUUAUGCUUCAAUGAAAGCUUCAAUGAAAGAACAUGAUAAUAGGAAGGAAAUAAGGUAUCAUAAUGGAGCAGUUCUUUGAUUUCAUCGGAAAUUACACAAAUUAGACAACAAGCUUACAAUUGGACAAAUCUCCAAAACAAAAAGAAAUAUAACUACAAUGAUUACACAGACGGUUAGCCGAUUUUGUAGCGCACAAAUCGCAUUUCGCAUACUUUGCAAUUCACCAAAACUAGUUGAAUUGAUCUCUGUCACCUUCGUCAAGUCUUCAAGCAUUGCCAACUUCUCCUGUUUCCUCUUCUUUGCCUUCUCUUCUGCCCUACCAAGUUGUCCUUCAAAUGCCUCCAAUGUCGACUUUAGCUUCUCAUUCUCUUCCAUAAGUCCACCAAGCAUAAAGUCACUCUCUGUGACUGCAUCAACCCAGCGAAAAAACCGGCAGUUCUUCUCUUCAUCAUUCCAAUACGGGCAAGAAUAAAACAAUCUUCCAGGAUUGUCGUCUGUUAGAGAAGUGUUGACAACGCAGGGGCUCUUUGGAAGUUGCAUCUUAUGGGCUUCGUGCUUGACGAACCAGAAGAGGAUGAAGCUUUGGUGGCAAUUUUCCCAACUCGCCUGGACAUUAUUGCACAGUGGGGUCUGAAGAGAGCUCGAGAUGGGCCUGGUAGAAAGAAAGAAGAGAGCGCGAAAGGGGUAUCAAGCCGUUUUUGGAUAGAAAGGAAGAAGGGAGCUCGAUUUCGUUUGGAAUAUGGAGGCGAUGAGUCGUCGGGGAAGAAGGGAGUUGUUUUCCGUCAAGGAUAUGGAGGCGGCGGGUCGCCGGGGAAGAAGGGAUCUGUUUUCUUUUGGGAUAUGGAGGCGGCAGCUCGUCGGGGAAGAAGGAGGAAGAAGAAUAAUGGAAGAUAGGUUUUUUUUUGGGUUUGAUUGAAAAAGAAAGAAGGUGAGGGGAU